AUGAGGAACGCUAGUGGGCUGUCCGCCGCUGACCUGGCCCAUGCCCAGGGGUUCCGCGAGUGUGCCGAGAUGCUCUCCAAUGCGCAGAACCUGCAGUGGAACCAGAACCUGACUCAGACCCAUCUUAACGGCUUCUGUCUGAACGGUACCACCCAGAAUGGAGGCCACUCCCACCCUCUCAUCCAAGGGCGGAGCCUCCUUAACGGGGCACCCAAUAGAAAGAGAUCGUUUGAUAACAUGGAAACCAAUCAAAUCAAGAAGGCCAGAACUGACGGUAGAUUUUUGCAUUUUUAAAACUCUAUAAAAAUAACUUAAACUUGCGAGGGAUUAUUAACAUUUUCCAGUUACUUUUUUAUGAGCAAGAGUUUUAGGGUGACUAAUCUUUCCUGACUAGGGUUGCAAAGAAAACUGGUAAUUUACCAAAGUUACCGGCAUCUUCUGUAAUCUAUGAUUACUUUGGUAAUUUAUAAUUUUUUUAAAUGUAUUAAUAUAUAGUAUUCCUUUUUUUUAUACACUGCUCAAAAAAAUAAACACAAUGACAAAACAACACAAUGUAACUCCAAGUCAAUCACACUUCUGUGAAAUCAAACUGUCCACUUAGGAAGCAACACUGAUUUGACAAUACAUUUCACAUGCUGUUGUGCAAAUGGAAUAGACAACAGGUGGAAAUUAUAGGCAAUUGGCAAGACACCCCCAAUAAAGGAGUGGUUCUGCAGGUGGUGACCACAGACCACUUCUCAGUUCCUAUGCUUCCUGGCUGAUGUUUUGGUCACUUUUGAAUGCUGGCGGUGCUUUCACUCUAGUGGUAGCAUGAGACGGAGUCUACAACCCACACAAGUGGCUCAGGUAGUGCAGCUCAUCCAGGAUGGCACAUCAAUGCGAGCUGUGGCAAGAAGGUUUGCUGUGUCUGUUAGCGUGGUGUCCAGAGCAUGGAGGCGCUACCAGGAGACAGGCCAGUACAUCUGGAGACGUGGAGGAGGCCGUAGGAGGGCAACAACCCAGCAGCAGGACCGCUACCUCCGCCUUUGUGCAAGGAGGAGCAGGAGGAGCACUGCCAGAGCCCUGCAAAAUGACCUCCAGCAGGCCACAAAUGUGCAUGUGUCUGCUCAAACGGUCAGAAACAGACUCCAUGAGGGUGGUAUGAGGGCCCGACGUCCACAGGUGGGGGUUGUGCUUACAGCCCAACACCGUGCAGGACGUUUGGCAUUUGCCAGAGAACACCAAGACUGGCAAAUUUGCCACUGGCGCCCUGUGCUCUUCACAGAUGAAAGCAGGUUCACACUGAGCACAUGUGACAGACGUGACAGAGUCUGGAGACGCCAUGGAGAACGUUCUGCUGCCUGCAACAUCCUCCAGCAUGACCGGUUUGGCGGUGGGUCAGUCAUGGUGUGGGGUGGCAUUUCUUUGGGGGGGCCGCACAGCCCUCCAUGUGCUCGCCAGAGGUGCCCUGACUGACAUUAGGUACCGAGAUGAGAUCCUCAGACCCCUUGUGAGACCAUAUGCUGGUGCGGUUGGCCCUGGGUUCCUCCUAAUGCAAGACAAUGCUAGACCUCAUGUGGCUGGAGUGUGUCAGCAGUUCCUGCAAGAGGAAGGCAUUGAUGCUAUGGACUGGCCCGCCCAUUCCCCAGACCUGAAUCCAAUUGAGCACAUCUGGGACAUGUCUCGCUCCAUCCACCAACGCCACGUUGCACCACAGACUGUCCAGGAGUUGGCGGAUGCUUUAGUCCAGGUCUGGGAGGAGAUCCCUCAGGAGACCAUCCGCCACCUCAUCAAAAGCAUGCCCAGGCGUUGUAGGGAGGUCAUACAGGCACGUGGAGGCCACACACACUACUGAGCCUCAUUUUGACUUGUUUUGAGGACAUUACAUCAAAGUUGGAUCAGCCUGUAGUGUGGUUUUCCACUUUAAUUUUGAGUGUGACUCCAAAUCCAGACCUCCAUGGGUUGAUACAUUUGAUUUCCAUUGAUAAUUUUUGUGUGAUUUUGUUGUCAGCACAUUCAACUAUGUAAAGAAAAAAGUCUUUAAUAAGAUUAUUUCAUUCAUUCAGAUCUAGGAUGUGUUAUUUUAGUGUUCCCUUUAUUUUUUGAGCAGUGUAUAUGUGUCCAUAUUGUCCAUGAGUUUCUAGUGGAUAGACCAUUAUGGUUCCAGAGAAAAUAGUUUAGGCUAAUUAAUGAAGAAAGCAUUUAAUCAACAAUGGCAUUAUUUUCAAUUAACUCUGCAACUCUUGACUUUUUUCACAACCAGUUUGGUGCCAAAACGUUUACAACAAAGAUGUAUUGACAUAGUAAAAUAAGUGUGUAACCAAUACACCAAUGGUAUUCACUAAGUUGAUGGUUUAUAUUUAGGAUAAUGUUUACAGCUUUAUCAUUCACUUUUUAUUUGAAAAUCAUCUUUUUUUAUUAUUUUGUAUAUUUUCGAGGGCCAGAGAUAAUUACAGACACCUGUGAUAAUCUGAAGUACCCCAAAAAAAGGGCACUAGAUGUCAUCUGAUCAAAUAAAUAAAAAAUACCUUAAGUUACCAAAAUGUUGCUAGUUUACUGGUAAACUUCAAAAGUUUCCAGUAGUAUUGCCUCCAUUUGCAGCCCUAUUCCUGACUGAAUUUUCACCUUACCUAAUAAUGUGUGAUAAAGCAUCAAGUGUCAUAAAACCUUUUUAAGAUUCUAAAAUCCUGUUGUAAAACCAUGAUUAACCUGGCCUGGCCUAUUGAGAAACUGGUAGAAUACAUUGUUGUUCGCUGAAUUGUGCAGCAUUAGAACAAGCAGUAUGAGGAAGAAGGGGGUGGGAGGGGGACUUACCUUUGCUGUUUGCCAGGCCUCUGAUGUUGACAUUUAAAAGCAUCUGCUUGUUUUAUUGGACUUCUGCAAACUGUGGAGCAGAGUUUUGAGCGGUUACCAGGAAGUUGAUACAGGCUGUAGGGAAUCAGGAAAUGGGGCAGUGGCCGAUUUAUUGCUGAAUGAUAAAGCCUAAAAUUGGACUUUGUACUCGCUGAGUAAGGUAGAUUUUAUUCUAGCAUGCUAAAUACCAGUGUCUCCCCUUAUGCCCAGACAGCCUGUGCAUGCUGGAAUGGCCUCUUUGGGACUGUAGAGUAUUCUGACCAGUAUGUCAUUGUAUUCUUAUUUAGUCGUAUUCUAGAUGGUAGCCCAACACGCUCAUCCACUACUCUCUCCACUGCUCUAACUAGGUAUGGGCCUGCCGCUGGGGAUGCUGAAUGGGAAUGGGUCGGUCUGCGGCGUCGGAGAGUUCCUGAUGGAGAGCAUACACCAGGAGAGCAUGGAGUCAGCGCCGCCGGCAGUGAGCUCAGGUGGGCCAGGACCCUUGGCGUUUGAGAUGAAUGGGUCUGCGCCAGUUCCAGGCCUGCUGGACCAGGAGCAGGACCAGGGAGGAGUGGAGGUGUCCACCCCGGCCCCUAAGGAACUGGAGAUCUUCACUGUGGCCUCCAUGCAGAUCCCCUGUCGCUGCACUAACUCCUAUGCCUACCUGUAGAGGCCUUUAGAGUGCGUGUGUUGAGUGUUGACCCUCCUAGUGGUUGUAUCUUGGUAGAAUGUCCAUCAGGCCCCCUCUGGCCAUGUUCUCUCACUGAUGGCAUUAUUUUUAGUGCAAUUGUUGGGUUUUUGGCAUGAUAAUUAUGUAUUUCCGGUUCUAGAAAUAAGGGCGUAAAUAGUUAAUUUAUUGUAUUCUACAUACAUGUUAUGAAAUACAUUGCCUUUCUACCAUACUUAAUUGAUAGAGAAACAUUAGUUUUAUGUUUUGUUGUUAUACCAGUAUCUUUGAAUGAUCCACAAAAUUCUUGUUAAAUAAUCUUGUCUUUUUGGCAAAGCCCCUUAGGAUGAGUGAAUUCUGUUUUGCACAAUUAUCCCUCCACCGCCCUACAUUGCCCAAUUGUAACUGUAAUAACGUUGUAAAAUUAUAAUCUACAUUCCUUUGAUGUAGAAACGCCCACAACUUGAGAACAACGUACUAAAACCAGCCUCACUUGGUUUAAGGAGAAGAUUAGGGAGAAGACGGAGAAGAUUAGGGAGGUUAAACUUAGGUUAGUUCAAAUCCUAGAGGCUGCACUGAAGUUUCCCUCUGCAUCAUGAAUAUGCAAUGACAGAAUUCUGACCUUUAUGAAGUUAGACCAGUGGUUCCCAACCGUUUUUUAACCGUGACACACCUUGAUGGGAUAUAAAAUUCUGCGGCACACCUAACAUUUCCCUAUUAAUUGAUUUAGUGGUAAUGACCUCUUCUCUUAUCUGAUCCAUACAGCAAAUCAAGUGUUUUUUAUAGAUUUAAAUAGGGUUUAUUUGAAAUAUUUUCAUCGUUUUAAUAAUUCCUUACUCUCAUGAUGGUUAAUUAGUGUGUACUAAAGUUCUUCACGGAUCCACCUGUAUGCGAAUACACGAGACCAGAUCCGGGACCCAAUCUGGUCCGGAUCCACAAUUCUAAAUAAUGUCAAGGGUUUGGGUCAGAUCUGAUAUGAUUGUCACUGGCCUUGGGUAUGUGUAAUUUUAACUGACUUGUCUGCUAGGACCCACAUAGAACCGAACACCACUGCUGCAGUAGAGAGAGAGAGAGAGAGAGAAAUUGUAUAAUUUAGGCUGCUGCUCUUUGUUUUUCACGAGAGUGGCGCAUUUAGCUUGUUGGUCAAACAUAAGAGCCAAUUUAUGCUUGAUCCGAAAAUGUAGUCGAGGCAGCGUAUGGAUGGUGUGACGCAAUUGCGGAGCCUCCAGAGGCACGCAAAGGCCAAAUUGAGCCUUGAACCGCAUCGCCUUAUGCCUCUCAAAUGUGGAGGGUUCCGUAUAAGCUCCGCAUUGACUUGAUUGGUUGACUGUAGGUGAGGGCGGGAGAUCCUGUAUAAACACAAACCGACUUCCUUGUCAACUUCCUCCACAACUGCUCGGUGAAGUGCAAGAAGUAUGAAUGCCCUGACUUCUGCAGAGGCUAUAUUCACGGUAAAUGCUGCAUGGCCAAUGCAGACGUCGGAAUGACCAUGAAGCGCCUUUCAGUCAUAAAAGCGGAAAUAGGCUACAUUCAUAGAGCGUCACCUCUCUACCUCCUCGCGCUUUAUCAGCUCCGGUUAAUAAAGUAGCUUAAAAAUGUACUUUUCUGCUGCUUCACUCGGACCGGGUCUGGAUCCGAUCAGGUCUAGACGGAACAGGUCUAGUUGUCCUCGGGUCUGUUCGGAACGGGUCUCUAUAUAUUUGUAUUUUAUUUAUGCAUAUCGGGUCCGGAUGGGAAACCCCAGGUCCAUUUCAGAACGGGUCCAACCAUUUUAGAAGGUCUCUAGCCCUUUAAGAGCGUCCCCGAAUCUGCACCAGAAAGAAAAAAAAUACAGCUCUCGUAAAAUAGGUCAUUCGUUUUAACAGUUUGGGCUACAAACAAGCGGUUUUCUGCAUCGUAAAGGUGCAACCACAUACACAAAGUCAUGAUCUGUUUGUUUCUAUGGCACAAGCUGUGGUAUAGCUAAACUCAGAGCCAUAUAUUAAGAAUUAAAUUACUCCGGCUAAGCUUAAUCAGACUUUCCUGUUUUAAUGGUUUUCACAGACUAAGUAAAAUGAUACAAAUUAUCUGACCGACACUGUCUAGUGCGCCCGAGUCAAAAUUCCAUGUGCAUUCUACAGGUCACGUUUAUAAGUGAGUGUUAAACAUCGGUUGGGAACCACUGAGUUAGACAUCCAUUUGAUGUCUUUACUGAGUACUGCAUUUAGUGGUAGCAUUGUUGUUGCACCACUUUGGCCAAUAACGGGAUAAAGACAGAAUUUGUCCAUCUCAUGUCAGAAUGAAGAGACUACUAGAGAAUGUUCCUGCCCUUACCAGAGUAAAAAUAAGGGAAAGCAUAUUUUGUUUUAUUAGUUUGUUUAAUUCCCCCCCUGAGAUAAUCUACCUUUUUGGCCAUUUCUGGUGACUCCUCUGUCUCAUAGCUAUGAAGCUUUUUAAAUUUAUUUUUUAUACAAGAACUCCCUUGUUAUGCCAAAGCAUAUCUUUACAUGAAUGUAUAAAGUACAUAAACCUUUACUGUGCAGCUUUUCUGUAUUAUGUGAGCUUUUAGGUAUUUCCAAGGUGUGCUAUAUGACCUGACCCUGUCCUAUUAGCUAGCAGACUGGAGACUUUGGUUUGGUGAGCCCCUCCUAGUGCCCUCACCUUCUCUCAUUCUACUUUUCUAGGAGAGGACUUUGUAGCUUUUCUGUAUAGCCUAUCUAGGCCUAUUGUGUCUGGUGUUGAAAAUGAUGUGAGUUUAUUUUGACCGUUUUUCUAAGUUUCUGCAGCUUUAUUUGUCUUGUUUUGUUGUAGUAUUGCUUUGCUAACUGCAGUAAUGACAAAAUGUAGAUGCUGAAUUGUUGAACUAUGACAAAUGAGCGUGAUUAGUAGUGCUACAAUUUUUAUGAAGCAAGGCAAAGCUACUCUUGCCUAAGGCAAUGUUUUUUUAGAGAGAAAUUAAUCUUCGUAAAUGUAUUGUUAACAAACUUUAAAUCCCCCCUGCAUAUAUCUGCUUCAUGCAUGAAGGACAAUUAUUCUGUCAAACAAUCAGCCCUGCAGUACUAUUGUCUGUACAGAAUCACAAAUGUUAAUGAGUAGAUAGUGUUUAUUGAUGCAAAUUAGAGCUUCUAAUGCUCAGUGCUGAGUAGUUUUGUAUACUUUAAACUCAUUAAAUGGUCAUUAUUUUGAAUAACAUGAUGGUGGGCUAUGAUUUUUGUCUUAUUUUUAUUUGUUUUGCAUGAUAAAUAAUCUCUACAAUCGUCUGUAAAAACACUGAGAAGCAAUAUUAUUUCAUCUUUUCUAUAGUUACCCUGAAUAACUGAGUAGUUUGGUGCCCUCUAGUGAUAUUGAGGAGGCUGUGCAGCCCCUCAAUUGUGGCGUCUCAUUUCUAAGGAUUAUGCUGUCAUUUGUAUUGUCCUGUUUUGGCGGUAUGGCUGAACCAAUCGGAGCCGGGAAGGGGGUGUAACUAGGCCAGUGCCGACUCAGCGUUUGUGUGUCAAUGUAACCAGGAAGAGGACAGUCAUGUGACACACUGCAAGGGUCAAAGAUGACAAGAUUAUGAGGUUUUCUGGAACCUAUUUGGCAACCUUUUAAUCAAACUCUUCUGUGUAGAUGUAGUCACGAGGUUUUACGUUUUUGAAAUGUUCAUCUCCAUCGGGAAUAGUUGUGCAAAGCAAAAUCAAUUCUUAAAUCUUUGCUUAUUGCUGUGAGCAGGAAGUUCUGGCCCCGUACUGGCAAAACCAGCAUUGAAAUGAAUUUGACCAGGUGUCCCAUUUACCCAAUGGCAGGUGACCCUCUAGCAGCAGGUUUAGGGUGUGAGGGGACCCCGUCGAGCGGCUCUACGAUCGCCCCCGCUGACAACGUCCACCACCACGUCUACAGGGAUACAGCGGAGCACAUGGUUGCCACUGGUAACGCAGGCAGCCAGGUGGAACACCAGACGUCGGUGAAGGCAGAGCAGCAGUACAGCCAUUAG